UAAAUCGAUGCGAUCGAUGAUGCGGCCGGGUAUUAUAGCGCCUGCCUAGCCUUUGCUCCUUCCUUUUUGCUGAUUGCGUGAGCCAUGGCCCCGAUUAAAAAGCAGGUUGUUAGGAAGACAGGUGGGAAGAGGAAGAAGCAGAUCCUGAAGUUCACCCUGGACUGCACUCACCCUGUUGAGGAUGGCAUUAUGGAUGCUGCCAACUUUGAACAGUUCCUGCAGGAGCGCAUCAAGGUUAACGGCAAAGCUGGAAGCCUUGGCGGUGGAGUGGUGUCCAUCGAAAGGAGCAAGAGUAAAAUUGCAGUGAACUCCGAAGUUCCCUUCUCAAAGAGGUACUUGAAGUAUCUCACCAAGAAGUACCUGAAGAAGAACAACCUGAGGGACUGGCUGCGGGUCGUGGCCAACACCAAGGAGAGCUAUGAGCUGCGCUACUUCCAGAUCAACCAGGAUGAGGAAGAAGAGGAGGAUGAAGAUUAAACUUCACGCAACUUCAAAUACUUUAAAUAAAGUUUCAAAAGAGACAAGACAA